CAGUUACAUUCUUUUGCUCGCUGUCUCUCUUUUUGAUUAUUAUUUUCCUUCUCCUCUCGACGUUCUUUAAGGCGCAGUUUGCCAAGCUUUCGUUUCUGGCAUUCUCCCUCCGUCGCGGUUGUUGUUUGUGGGCGUGAGAAAGUUUGAGACAAUAUCGUCGUCUAUCCAAUCGUUUUAAUGCGGCUCACCGUCGCGACAUGCUUGACAGCGGCUCUCCUGCCGUGGAUGGCAGGAGCUGUGAGCUCGACUGACCAGUAUCAAGAUGCAGACACCGCACAAUCCGGUUACCUACCUAAUCAUAAUGUUGAUCCGACCAAGCUGUCCCAAUAUGUUCAUUCUUGGUCCAGUACUUUUAAUGCUCAGGAAUACUUCAGUGCGAAACCCAUCACAUACACCCCUAAUGGAUACGCCCACGAGCUGGUCAUCACCGCAUCCCACCAGAACAUUGUUCGCGUCCUGGAUGGAUUGACCGGCGCCAUUCUCUACACCAGAACCCUGGACCCACCCUUCCAAGCGACAGAUUCAGACUGUGGUGAUAUCUCGCCGACGAUUGGCAUCACAGGAACUCCUAUUGUUGAUCCAGCGACCGAUAUCAUGUACUUCUUCAGCAAGGGAUACAAGGGUGCUGCAACCGGCAGUGGAACUCUGAAUGGACAAUACAAGUUCUACGCUGUGCAACUUCCUGGAUUGACUGACAUUGCUGGGUUCCCGAUUAUCAUGGAGGGACACUAUGCGACCAACGACAAUACCCGUUAUUUUGUUGGUGGUACACUUUUGCAACGACCAGGUCUAGCUAUGAUUGGCAACAGUAUCGUUGCAGGAUUUGGUGGCCAUUGUGACAAUUUCAACUACACAGGAAUGCUCGUCUCUGUCAGCAAGACGACAGCAACUGUUACCAACAUGCAAGCCAUGGUAGCCGCUCCAGGUGCUCCAUCACCCCAGCCAACAAACUACCAACAACAAACCGGUGGCAAAGCUGGUAUCUGGCAUGGUGGAAUGGGUCUUGCUGUCAACGGUGACAAUGUUUACUUCGCAACUGGAAAUGGUGUUGGUGCCGGUGUGAACAAGGUCCAAGGCACAGCUGCAAGUGGCAAUACCUACAGCAGCACGCUCGAACAAGUCGUGGCCAAAUUUGCUGUGGAUCCCAACGUUGGAACACUAACCCAAGCCGAUUACUUCGAGCCCUACAACUUCGACACCGUACUCGAUGGAGGUGACUCGGAUAUGGGCUCAUCAGGUGUCGCUUUACUGGAUCGAAAUACAUUCCAAGCGCCUGGUGUAGGAGUUAAUGGUAUUGCGGUUUCUUCCGGGAAGGAUGGCAUUGUCUACAUCAUGAACGCCGAUAAUCUAGGAGGUUUCUACAAUGGAAAGAAUGGAAUUCAAGACGCCACUCUCCAGCAGAUCGUCGUCAGUGGAGCUAAGUUCUAUGGAGGUGUGGGAAGUUACCCAGGUGAAGGCGGAUAUCUCUACUUCUGUCCUACUGGAGGACCACUCUAUGCAUACAGUUAUUCAUUGGACAGGAGUGGGAACCCCCUUUUCACCCUCGCUGGCCAAGGAGGCAGUAACUUGGCUUGUACAGGAAACCCCACAGUCACCAGUUUGAAUGGUCAAGCAGGCUCAGCUAUCGUCUGGCUCGCGGAUACCAACCAGGGUGUUGUAGCAUUCCACGCCGUUCCCGCCAACGGAAAUUUGACUCAAAUCCCUCUCGGUUGGGCAUCAGGGCGAUUGAACAAGUAUCAACGACCAGUCUUCGGUAAUGCCAGGAUUUAUACCACGGAGAACAAUGUGCUUUACGCCAUUGGAGGACCUGCAGGAACUGCGUCGAGUUCAUCGUCAAAACCAACGUCAACGUCAAGCAGCUCGAAAUCUACAGUGUCGUCAACGGUUUCCACUUCUGUUUCAUCUUCGGUAUCCAAAAGUUCCAGCAGCUCUGUUGUAACCACGUCAUCAUCAUCAAGCAAAGUAUCCUCCAGCUCAAGUUCUAGCGUUUCAAGUUCCAGCAGUUCGUCAAAGCUGUCGACUUCUUCAUCGCCAAGCUCCAGCAGCUCAUUGUCAACCUCGAGCAGUGUGUCCAAGACCAGUAGCUCCUCAACGGUAUCAACUCAGUCAUCCUCGACCACCUCGUUCGUUUCCAGUAGCACGGCAUCGGGCAAUGUGGUCUACACAACCACCGGCCUCAAUGCAGCAGAACCAUCUGUUAUCAGCACAUUCAACUACAUUGGAUGUUACUCAGAUCUCAUCGAUGGCACCACUCGAUCACUUGCAGCUAACAAGUUCAUUUACGAUCCCAUGACCCUCGAAUCUUGCGCUCAAAACUGUACCGGAUACGAUUUCUUUGGAACCGAAUAUGGGCGAGAAUGUUAUUGCGGCUACACAUUGAACUCUACCCUUCGAGCUCUCGACAGUACUUGCAACACACCAUGUUCUGGAAACUCCGCCGAGCUUUGCGGAGCCGCUGACCGCCUUUCCGUUUACGAAAGUAAGACUUAUGUUGCGCCUCCUACCGGACCUCAACACAAAGCAGUGGUCGGUACUUAUGGAUGGAUCGGUUGUUAUACUGAGGCGACAAGCAUGCGUGCUUUGUCUUCGAAGAGUUUCACUAACUCUACGAUGACGGUUGAGCAGUGUGUGAAUUACUGCUCAGGGUAUACGUAUGCCGGUGUGGAGUACGCUACUCAAUGUUAUUGCGGAAAUGUUCUCAACACAGGCAGUGUCUUGGCUGCAACAACCGAUUGUAACAAGGUCUGCCCAGGAAACUCACUGGAGUACUGUGGUGCCGGAAAUAGGUAACUUUCAUUCCUCUUCCCCUUUGCGAGCUCAUUACU